AUGCCCAAGCGCACCACCAUCAGCUUCACGUCCGAGGACGCCCCGGACCUGCAGGAGGACAAGCUCUUCGUGUACUACUGCAAGUACUCCGGCAAGCACGCGAUGACGACGGACGUGGACCUACAGUCGGCGCCGCGCCGCCAGUCGGACAACGCGACGGUCAUUGACACGAGCAAGUGCCUCUGCCGGACCUACCUGCAAGACGGUGGCGUCAAGGUCAUCAAGCUCCCCGAAGGCAAGGCGGAGAAACACUACAGGCUGUGCGUCGGCCAGCUGCCGGUGGCGUAUCGCACCGAGCCGAACGGCAAGCUGUUGUACGUGAUGGACGGGGCGCUGUCGACGUACGCGGACGACUCGAAGAAGGACCUCGCGUCCCUGGUGCCGCCGUGCAUCAUCUCGAGCGGCACGGGCGGCGUGCAGGUCAUGCUGGAGGUCGAGGAGCGCGCCGAGAAUUCAGGGAUCACUGGCAUCAGCGCGGACUCGGUCCAGCUGUCGAUCCAGGCCCCGCUCGACUCCGUCAAGGCCAAGGAGCAGAUCUUCGAGCUCAUGUCCACCGCGCUGCAGCGCCGCUGGGCGCAGUUCUCGCUCAUGAAGGGGUUCUCGCCGACGAGCAAGGUGCUGAUGGUCGACAACCUGGAGCCCGCGCAGGCGUACGCGCGGCUCGAGGAGGCCAAGGACAAGGGCGACGCGAAGAAGGGCCGCGGCGCAGGGUUCGGGCUCGGGGGCCGGGGACGCAAGCGAUGA